AUGCGAUUCAAAGCCAAAGUGCUGAGCGACCAAGUCUCGCUUUUGUAUUCCAUCGUCAAUGCAAUCGCCAAGUUGCAAGACAACAACAAGUUUGCGAUUCUCUAUCUAGAUCGAGAAUUUGUUCGAAUAUCCUGCAAAAGCGAAAGUGGCAUCACCUGCUUUAUGGAACUCUCCAAAGACAUUUUUCUCGAACACCGCAUCGAAUCUGCCGCCGAGAAUGUCAUUGUUUGUCAAGUGGAUUUGAAUUCCUUGAAACUGGCCCUGCAAAGUGUUCACGGGCAAUAUAAUUCACGAAAUUACAGCAACUCCAGCCAAAAUAAUCGACAAAAUCAGUCCGUUCUCCAAUCGGUUAUGGCAGGUCAACAAAUGGUCAUUUUGAAAUUGGCCAAACGUAAUCAAAUGCCAUGCUUAUGUUUGGAUGGACAAGACGAUUCGAUCGAAAUCCAUCAAGCAAUUCCAGUCCGAGUGUUACGGCAAUCGGAAAUGCAAUAUCAUUUGCCGCCUCAAAUCAAUACGCCGGCGGUGCAAUUGGAACUACCCCUGGAUCGGCCGCUCAAGGCCAUUGUGGACAAAUUACGGCAAAUGGGCCCCCACUUGUAUCUAGAAGCCACCAUGAGGGGAGAUUUGACGGUACGACUAGACCAUGAUGGGGCGUCCUUAGCCUGCUUUUAUUCCAAUCUGGUGCCACGAUGGGACGAAGAAGAAGAACAGGCACCGAAUCCUGAUUCGCAUUGCGUCCUCAAGGUGGAUGCCAACAAGUUUAGUACUUGUUUGCAAUGGCAACAACAGAGUCAACUGCAGGUUUCAUCGUGUCUUUUGGGGAUGGUCCACAAUGAGAUGCUGGUAUUGCACAUUCUGUUGAAUCCAGAUCACGUUGGUUUCUUUACCUACUAUAUACCGGUCUACUUUAUGCACGAAGAUGAGUUGGAAUAA